UGCAACAUUUGCAUAGCAGAGUUGAGAGAACAAAAUGUGCUUGAAAUUAUCUGCUGCUCACACAGGAAUAACACACUCACCAUGGAGGUGCACAUGCGUCCUCUUCUCUAUCUGAUGCUGUGCAUGUUCUGUGCUGUUCAGGGAGAGAACAGAAAGAGAUUCCUAAUCACUGCACCGAGUGUUUUUCAUGUUGGUGUGAAAGAAACCGUAUGGAUUCAGGUGGGGGAGGCAUUGCUUGGCAAACCCGUGUCCUGUCAGUUAGAAACAGAGAUGCGUGUUCCCAUGUCUGCACGUGAGACCAAAACAAUCAGCAAAAAAGGCCAGUUUGAAGCAGUGACUCUUGAGGUAUUUGAAAAGAACAUUUCGGACCUGAAAUCGAUAAAUGAAGAGCCUCCCUAUCUCAACCUGGCAUGUGAAGUUGAUGGUCAGAAAUGGCAAACCCGUGUCUUGGUCUCCAAACACAGUGGCUACAUCUUUAUUCAGACAAACCAACCCAUAUACAACCCCACACAGAGAGUUUGGUUCAGGAUCUUCACUCUGGACCACUCCAUGCGACCAAAAUCAGAGAUAGUUUAUAUCUAUAUAUAUAAUUCUGAUGGGAACAAGAUCAAGAAAUCAGCAUACAAAGUUUUAGGUGGCGUUAUGUCAAAGGACUACCGCAUCCCUGAUAUUUCAAAACCUGGUGUAUGGAAGAUUACAGCACAUUACAAAGGUGAUGAGAAAAAUGCUGCAGUGCGUGAAUUCAAGGUCCAGAAGUUUGUUCUUCCCAGCUUUGGGGUUUCUAUUCAUUCAGAGAAAGCCUUUCUGCUUGUGAAUGCUGAGAUAUUUACAUUCACCAUUAAAACCUCAUACACAUAUGGCAAGACCAUUGAUGGUGGUUUCCAUUGUCGGUUUGGGAUAAAAAAGGACGAGUCAGAGAAUAAUGCUGGAGAAAUCGAAUUCAUCAAGGGAUUGGAGAAAACUGGAUCUGUGAAAGGAGGCCAUGCUGAGAUUACAGUUAAAAUGUCAGACCUCAGUCAAAAACUGAAUUCCACAUUAGAGGAAUUGGAAGCGACUCAGGCCCAAUUCUACAUUGCUGUCACAGUCACAGAUAUUUUAAGUGGUGAGGUACAGGAAUCUGAUGCUUUCCUUCCCGUUGUUUUGAGCCCGUACAAUGUGGAUCUGUCUCGGACAAGAUCGUUCUACACACCUACAUUCCCUUUUCAAGCAGUGGUCACCAUCCGUCACCCAAAUGGUUCCCCAGCUGAAGGCAUUCAAGUGAACUUGGAUGUCUCAAGCACCAAAGAAAAGUCUGUAGAUAUUAAAACUAAUAAAGAGGGAAUCGCAUUUUACAUUUUCAACUUGGAAGGAACACCACCUUCAGUUUCAGUGCAGGCAACAGUGGAUGGUUUCAAGUCAACAAAAGAAGUGCGCCCAAUGAAAUCCACAAGAAACAGCUUCCUGCAUCUUAGUAUAACUAAUAAAGUCCUGUUACCAGAAAAUUCUCUGGAUAUUACAUUUUUUUCCAAUUGUAAUCCAGAAGAUGGGAAAAUAUAUUAUAUGAUUCUCAGCAGAGGCAUGCUGAGAUCAGCAAGCUCUGUUGCAUCAGGUUCUGAAGUAAAAAUAUCCAUCCAUAUCAGCCCAGAGAUGAUCCCGUCCUUCAGAGUGAUCGCUUUUUACUAUGACACAAAUGGUGACAUCAUUGCAGACUCAGUGUGGGUAGAUGUAGAGGACAAGUGUGAGGGAAAGCUUGAGCUAAAACUGCAUGGCUAUCAUAAAUAUCAUCCAGAUGAUACCGCUGAGCUUGACAUUGAUGUAGGAACACAAAAGAACACAAAAGUUGCCUUACUAGUUGUGGACAAAGCCAUUUACGCACUGGGUGCUCAAAACAAACUCACUCCAAAACAGGUGUUCACCUCCAUGCAGUCUUAUGAUCUGGGGUGUUCGUAUGCCGGUGGAGAAAACACAGCUGCUGUUUUUAAUGAUGCUGGCCUGGCCUUCAUCUCCCACUCGACCACAAUCCGUUCAAUGAUGAGAAAAGGUUUCAGCUGCGAGUCUGGUUUUAGACGCAACAAACGUUCUAUAGAUAUUCAAGCAGAAAUGGCUAGAAAAGAAGCUGCAUUUAAGAAAGCAGAAUUGCAGAAAUGCUGUCGCCAUGGCUUCACCCUGAUUCCUAUGAAGUUUACUUGCGAGGAACGAGCGAAAAGAGUGAGCAAAACGGAAAGCAAAGACUGUGUGAAAGCCUUCCAAGAGUGCUGUGAGUUUGCAACCAAGCUAAGAAACAAAAAGAGGAAAGAGGACCAGAGGACAGGGCAUGGCCGAACUGUUAAUUCUAAUGAAAUCGAGGAAUUCUUGGACUUUGAGAUACAAACAAUUCGCCGAUAUUUCCCUCCAAGCUUUGAGUUUAAGCAGAUUGAUGUGAAAGAAAAAGUUAGGCACAAAAUCCAUUUACCACACUCUAUCACAACAUGGGAGAUCCAAGCUCUCAGCUUAUCUCCAUCCCAUGGUUUCUGUGUGGUGGAGCCAGUUGACCUUACUGUAUUUAAGUCAUUGUUUAUUUCCUUGAGGCUUCCCUAUUCGGUCAAACGCUUUGAGCAACUGUCUAUAGUUGCAGUGAUCUUUAAUUAUGGCAAGAUGGAAAGGGAGCUCGUUGUGCAAAUGGAACAAGUGGAUGGUCUUUGUUCACCCGGAUCAGCUUCUUCCUCUUCUGCUGUCCGAAUCAGUCUGGAGCCACAGUCAUCUCAAACUGUGACUUUCCCUGCUAUUCCCAUGAAAAUAGGUGAAAUCCCUAUCACUAUUGAACUUUAUGAAGCUGAAGAAGAAGAAAAAAUGAGAGUGGAUGCCAUUCAAAAGAUGCUCUUGGUCAAGAAUGAAGGAGUGGAAAUGAGAGAAGAGCUGACUUAUUUUAUUAAUUUGGAUGGUAGAAGUGACCGGCGCUUGUUUAUCAAUGGAUUUUUCCCAAACAACACUGUUCCUGAAACAGAUGUCAACCUGUUUGUCAAACUAGAAGAAGUAGUAUUUGCCCAGUCCACUGCAGUUCCAUUACUCUCACCAUCCAAAGUGGAAAAUCUGGUCCGGGCUCCUAAAGGCUGUGGAGAGCAGACUAUGAUCUUUAUGUCUCCUACUGCCUUGUCAAUCCGCUACCUGGACAAAAGUCAACGCUGGCUGGAACUGGAAGCAGGAUCCAGAGACAAAGCACUGGAUUUCAUUGAGCAAGCAUAUGAACGGAUUUUAACAUUCAAAAAGCCUGAUGGAUCCUAUGGAGCUUGGCUAAACCAUCCCACAAGCACCUGGUUGACUGCGCUGGUGGUGAAAGUGUUGUCUCUUGUGGCUGAAAGACAGAUAGAAACUCUUGAACAGCAAGGAACAACAGAGAAGAUGAUUUCGCAGGAGGACAUCCGCCAUGCAGUCACAUAUCUGAUUAAAACACAGAGCUCCGAUGGGUCAUUUACUGAUGCUAAUCCAGUCUAUCACAGGGAAAUGCAGGGAGGUAUUGGAGGAGUUGAGAAAGAUGCCUCUUUAACAGCUUUCAUCACGAUAGCACUUUGUCGCUCCCUCCCUUUCUUGGACAAAGAAGUAACUGAUGUGAAGAAAAGCAUCUCCCGUGCCACCGACUUCCUCCUUAAACGGGUUGAUGAUCUUAAAAGACCUUAUGCAUUAGCCAUUACGGCGUACUGUUUGUCUGUCUGCCUCACUGACCGAACUCAAUCACUGUCUGCCUGGAGGAAACUCAGGAGUCUUGCAAAACCAGCGGGAGAGUGUCUUGUUUGGCAAGAUGAUGAAAAUAUACGACUGGUAAAUGAGGCUAAAACUUCCCGUGUGCCCCCUGGAGUGGCGUUAACAGUAGAGACCACCGCAUACGCUCUCCUGACUGCACUAGCACAGAAUGACUUAAUAACAGCAAAUGCUGCCGCCUGCUUAUUGUCUUCACAAGAGAACUAUGAAGGAGGUUUCAAAUCAACACAGGACACUAUCAUGGGAUUGGAAGCCUUAUCGGAGUAUGCACUGAGUAUACCAGAAGUCCCCGUCUCUAAAAUCAAUGCACAGUUCACCGUUCAAGGGAGGUCUGAGAUGGAAAAGCUGCUUUUGGAAAAAAAUGAAAAUAAAGUGGAAACAGAAUUAAAGAGACUAGUGGGAAUGGGAAUAGAUGUAAACCUUUCCGGAGAAGGAAAAGCUAAAAUGAAAGUGGCAAAGGCUUAUUUUGCUCUUAAGGAAGACUCCAACUGUGCUGAUUUGUCAAUAAAUGUGACUGUCAAGGGAAAAGUGGAGUACACAACUGAAGUACAAGAAAGUUACAAUUACUAUGACUAUGAGCAGGCAGAAGAGAGGAAGGAGGAGGAAGAUCUCCCCCGGACAGCAAUCGAGUGGUUUGAUGCUCGCAGCAGACAAAAAAGAGACACUACACAAAACACACAAGAUGAAGUGGUUUAUACGGUGUGUGUCAGUCACACACAGGGCAGGAACCUCUCUGGAAUGUCCAUUGCUGACAUCACUCUACUUAGUGGCUUUGAUGCAAUCAGUACAGAUCUAGAAAAGCUGAAAGACCUGGUGGACAGGUAUAUUUCUCACUAUGAGCUCACACGCGGAAGAGUGCUAUUGUACUUCAAUGAGAUAGAUGGAGGUGAGGCCUGUAUAGCAUUCGGAGCGAAGCAAACUGUGGCCAUUGGUUUAGUUCAACCAGCUCCUGCUAUGUUUUAUGAUUACUAUGAACCAGACAGGAGAUGUUCAGUGCUGUACAGCGCCCCCAUGAGGAGUAAGGCGAUUUCUGUCCUGUGCUCAGAUGAUGUGUGUCAAUGUGCAGAAAGGGGUUGUUUCACAGAGAAGAAAACAAUUGACAUGAAAAUCACCAAAAAGGACAGAUAUGAUUAUGCUUGUUAUCACACCAACAUUGACUAUGCAUUUGAAGUCAUUGUGGAUUCAGUUACUGAAGAGAGCAAUUUUAUGCUGUAUUCAACAUCCGUGACCGUGGUCUUCCGAUUUUCGGGAGACACUGGCGUGAGCACAGACAGCACACGGGUGUUUGCCAAGAGAAAGCACUGCAAGGAUGAGCUGAAAGAGGGCAAGACGUACCUCAUCAUGGGCAACGAUGGCCCCACCAAAGACUCGAAUGGAAACAUGCAGUACCUGUUGGAUUCAAAAACAUGGGUUGAGGAGAAGCUGUCGGCCUCAACAUGCAGAGCAUCAGUCAACAAGAUUUACUGCAAGGAACUGAAAGAUUUUGUGAAAGAGUACCAAGUUGAUGGAUGCAACAUGUAGUCUGCACUACAAUUUGGGGGAAUUUAUUUACUCAACAUCUCACUAUCGCAGAAAAGGAAUCUACAUUUAUCCUGAAUUGUAAACUUGCUUUUCUUUUCAUGCUACAGAUUAUGGGAACUGAGAACCUGUAUGACAUACACAUGUUUUAGCCUAUCUGUUAUCAUGACUUAAAAUAAUUGUGCUUACAAAACAUUUCAGAGUCAGUAUCUACGAAACAAUCACAAUAGCAACCAUAAGGGUCAAAGCUAAAUCUUUUUUUUUCUUUUGGGUAUUUGAGACACUGUGUUUAAGAGACAGCUCAGCAGCAUAAGAGUGACUACACACAGAUGAAUCAACACAUAUCAAUUUAGGUUUAUAAAAAAACACACACUUUUGACGCCUCUUUCACAUCCUCUCACUGUGUUUCAUGCCAGUCCAGUCUUUGAGACCUGAUUUGUUAUAGUGGGGUGAUUCAGCUUCCCAGCAUAUGUGUAUUUAUUAUUUUGAAGACUCAUUUCACUUGGCAGUUGGAAGUGUGAGAGGGGCUUCUGUGCUCAUGGUAAACUCGGUAACAUCUGCAUGCGAGCGGCAGGCGGGGGCGAGUACGUGUACAACAGCGCGCACACUUCACUGGAGAGGAAGCUGAAAGGGCAGAGCAUCACAGAAUCCAUAGGAACCUCAACUGCACUGUAGGUAGUUUUGUCCACUCAGCGCGAAAAAGCAGGCGCUUCACUCAGAAGGCACCAAAAGGAGCAGAUAGCACUGCGCCCAAGGUAGCUAGGAGUGGAGAAAUUAUGGUAAUGAUGGACUGAGAUAAGAUGAGAACCCAUUAUGUUAAAUUAUGGCUCUAUAGAAUCAAUGCUCAAAGACUUGGACUUUCCAAUUAUAUUUGCAUAAUUAUCAGACAAAUGCAAACACAUUUGUUUCUUGUUCUGCUGUUUAAAGAACUUGAGCAAAUACUAAAAGAUUUUGAUACAAUAAAAUUGUGUUACUCCCUUAGUUUAGAUAAAGGCAUCUUCUAAAUGAUUCAAUAUAAAUGUGAAUAUAUAGGACCACCCCAAAAGAAGCCCUAUUUUAUCCAACUUACAAAUUUGAAAUCUAAAUUAAUGGCGUAAAAUUACAGGAUACCACAAAAUAAUAGAGUAAAAUAAAUACAGGCCUACACCCUGUGUCUGAAUAUUCCUACUUCCCUACUAUAUAGGUGCAAAAGUGUGUAUGAAUUCAUUGAAUUAAUGACUCUUAAGAGCCGGUUCUUUUAAUGAAUUGGUCAAAACGCUAAAGAAUUCAUCAGUAUAACAAAUCUCUUGUAGAAUUUUGCUACUGAACUAACAUCUGACUUGCUUAUUGAUUUUAGUAUGACAAGUGCACUUAAAGAUACAUUGUCACAAAUGAUUUACUGUAGUAAAGGAUAUUUUAAUUAAUAAUAAACAUUCAGAUAUGAUGCAAUCCUAAA